AUGAGGCAGAAGGAACAAGGUACUUGCAAGCAGGUACUUAGAGGUAGGCCUAGGCUAAGAAGGUGCGGUUUACAUUGUUGCUUAGCCAGUGCCCCAACAGACUACCCCUCGCAGUCGGUCACAUUGAGGCUAUAUGAAGCGGCUGGGGCUUUAAUUGUCAACAGUGCCCUAGAACCAAGCGCUAUUAGUUACCCUGAGCGCUUCUUACGUGGCAUAGAUUCCUGUGACAUCGUGGCUGUCAAAACGUGCGCUGAGCUAGAGGGGAAGUAUGUUGAGUAUUUUGGGAAGGUGACUGGGAAACUAGUUGUUCUGCUUGGACCUCUCUUGUCACCGCACGUGUCCGAAAGGAAAGCUGACAUGGAUGUGAUGGCGUGGUUGGACAAACAGUCGCCAAGCUCUAUAGUCUAUGUGUCAUUUGGGAGCCAGUGCUUUUUACGAAGGGAAGAGAUUGCAGAGGUGGUAUUGGGAUUGGAAGCCAGCUGGAAGCCCUUCUUGUGGGCCCUACAUGGGGAUUCAUUUUGGGUCCCAGAGGGCUUUGUAGGGAGGGUUGGGAAGAGGGGUGUGGUUGCCGAGAGGGAGAUACUAGCCAAUUUUAUGAUCACUGUGGGUGGAACUCUCUAA